AUGUUGUUUUGUCUGCUUUUUCCCAUGGCCCCAUUCACCAUUUCUCUUUAUUGCUUUCGUUCUUCAGAGUGAGUGUCUGAGUGACUGACUAUGAUGUCUUUGAAAACAUUAACGAAGAAAAUAAGAUGUCAAGCUCCAACAAUUCUGCACCAGAACAGCUCUGCUACAUCCCUUGCAACCUUUGCAACAUCAUUCUUGCGGUGAAUGUUCCAUGCAGCAGCUCGUUUGAAACGGUAACAGUCCGAUGUGGGCAGUGCACCAAUCUUUGUUCAGUGAACUUGGCAGCUUCCUUUCAAUCGAGGGUAAAGGAUAUUCAGGUGCCUAACUACACCUCGUCGGAGUACAGAAUUGAUCUAGGUUCUUCCUCGAGAAGCAAGAACAAGCAGCUACCACAGAAGCGACCAACAACUUUAAAUACUAUCGCUCCAGAAAGGGUUGUUAAUCGACCUCCUGACAAGAGGCAUAGGGCUCCUUCAUUGUACAAUCAGUUCAUCAAGGAGGAGAUCCAAAGGAUCAAGCUGAGCAAUCCUGAUAUCAUUCACAGGGAGGCAUUUAGCACCGCUGCUAAGAAUUGGGCUCGCUUCCCUCACAUUCAUUUUGGACUGAUGUUGGAGAAUGAUAAUCAACCAAAGCUCGAUGACGACUCAACUGAGCCAUUCCAUCAGCUGCUUAAGUGAACAAAAGGGUAUUGAUUUUAUAAGAUAAUUUUACUUUUA